UGUCCUCCUCCUCCUCCAUCCGGACUUCUCUUCCUGAGAAGGCUGAGCAGCAGAGGAGCCAUGUGGGGCAAGCAUUUGCACCUCUGCCUCAUAUGAAAAAUGCUUUUCUCUUUUUUCUUUUUGUCUGCCCUCAAACUUUCUUGGAUGACUUUCAGUUUUAAUUGACUGGUUGGUAAGGGGGAGGGGAUUUCUUUCCACUCUCUCAUUUUGUCUUGCUCGCACCCUGACUGUAACACAUCUUGCUGUGUCAAUUUCACACCCUCAUCCCAUUACACAAGAAGUUAUACAACCAUAAGUUGAACUUAUACUUACAGAAGCGCAAAUCCAAUUUACACUUGCAUAACUCACUUUUUUAUUAUUACAGAGGCUGAAAUGUUCUGCUGACCACACAGUCACCAAACCUCCUCACCCAAAUCCACUGUGUCUGUUAAUGCAUCCCCUACUGACCAUAGGAGACUGUGAAGCAGAGCAGCAUCCAAUUACCUUCCUAAAGGCAGCAGGGUGUAGUGGUUUGAGUGUUGGACUAUGACUCUGGAGACCAGGGUUCAAAUUCCUGUUCAGCCAUGGAAACCCACUAGAUGACCUUGGACAAGUCACAUUCUCUGAGCCUCAGGGGGAGUCAAUGGCAACUCCCCCCCCCCCCGAACAAAUCUUAUUUUAAAAAACAUGAUUAGUUUGUCUGAGGGUCGCCAUACACUGCAGAUGACUUGAAGGCAUACAACGGCAUCAUCCUUUGGGUCCUCCGGAGGAUCCCCUGGAAGUCACAGAAGAUUUAUGUUGCUGUGUAUGUCAUAGUUCCACCUGUGUGGAACUUUACAGUGCCUUUCCUGAGCCAGGAUCUCCUCUUGAUCUUUCAGUUCACAAGGAUAGUUUUCUGGCAUCUUACACAAAAUACCAAUACAAGACUACUUGUAUUGCAAGUGCAACAUUUGUUCAUUCACAGACAGGCCUUAUCUCAACUGGAUGGACAGUGUUAGACAAGUCUGGAUAAAAGUUAACCCUAUCACAGGGGUGGACAAGUGCACCCCAUGGGCCACAUACAACCCUUCAGGGAUGUUUUUAUGGCUCCUAAGGCUCAACCAUUUUUAUUUAAUUAUUUAUUUUGCAACUGAAUUCCCGCAAAUGACCUCUAAGCAUUGUGGAGGUCAUUUCUACCCCUGGACUCUCCAGGGAUCCAAACAAUUUUUUUGCAAAAUUUUCCCAAAAAAAUUAUCCCACCUCAAAAUGCCCCAAAAUACUCUCCAAGAGCCCCAAAACAUGGUGAGAAUGACCCUGUGAUCCCUAGAUGGCAUUUGGGGGCAAGACAUUAUUAAUUUUUGCAGGACAAGAGGUAAAGUGUGUGGCCUUUCAAGAGAGUUAAUGGAAGCCUAAUACUCUCCUUUUAGCACAUGCUAGGCUGAGUCAAAUAAACACUGGCUGUCACUUGAGCAUUGUUCAGUUUUGCCACAAUUAAAGGGUUCCUGGUCAGUAUCCUAAAUAUCCUCUGAAACACAGGGAAUGGCAGAAGAAGGAGUCUCCUCUAGUUCAUAUAUUUUAAAGCUACUUCCAUGAUGCUAACCAUUUCCCCCCUUAAGGAUUAUUGUACGCUUGACCAGGCAAACCCAAAAUUCUCUCUAGCUGUGGUUGCGUUCUCCCUCCUGUCAAUCAAGAGCUGUCCCUACAGCACAAAACGAAGGUUGUUCAUUACAUCUGUGUUUGUCAAAGAACAUGAAGCAAGAUAUUCCAGUGGCUGCAGGGCAGUGUGACGCUGAGGUUAUGUAAGUCUGUCUAAGUAUAGGACCUGUUUAGACCAGUUGAACAGCUUUCUGCUUCUGACUUUGGGUCUUCCACUCCUUUAUAUUGAACUUAUUACCCCGUUGUAUUUUAACUCUAACCCGGGGAGUUACUGGACCAUUGACGUAGCCCAGGAAUUAUGCUCCUAAUCCUUGUGCCCAUCUGUUUGUCUAGGAUAGCCCAAAAAUCAGAAUUGACCUCUGAGCACAUUGAGGUAGCAGUUGAAUCAGCAAAUGCUAAAAUUGAGCUAGAAGUAGCAGAAUUUCUUCAAGAGUUGCGUAAAAGAGUGAUGAUUGGUGUGGUGGGUGGUUCAGACUACUCCAAGAUAGCCGAACAGCUAGGAGAAGGUGACGAAGUCAUCGACAAGUUUGAUUAUGUCUUUGCGGAAAAUGGCACUGUGCAGUACAAGAAUGGGCAGCUAGUCUCCAAGCAGGCUAUCCAGAACCAUCUUGGAGAGGAACUUCUGCAGGAACUAAUCAACUUCUGCCUCAACUACAUGGCACUUCUAAAGUUGCCCAAGAAACGGGGCACCUUCAUAGAAUUCCGCAAUGGGAUGCUGAACAUCUCUCCCAUUGGUCGAAGCUGCACUUUGGAGGAACGAAUUGAAUUUUCUGAGCUCGAUAAGAAAGAAAAGAUCCGAGAGAAAUUUGUAGCUGCCCUGCAGAGGGAAUUCGCUGGCAAGGGCCUGCGGUUUUCUCGGGGUGGCAUGAUUAGCUUUGACGUCUUUCCAGAGGGCUGGGAUAAGCGUUAUUGCCUUGACAUCCUUGACGAGGAGAGAUUCGACACUAUUCAUUUCUUUGGGAAUGAGACAAGUCCUGGUGGGAAUGAUUAUGAAAUCUACGAUGACCCCCGCACAGUGGGACACAGUAUCCAGUCUCCUCGGGACACAAUCCAGCGGUGCCGGGAGAUCUUCUUUCCAGAAUCAGUGAAUGAAUCUUGACUUGUGGGUCCUUUGCUGCUGCUGCUGCUCAUCUCUCAGAGGAGGCCCUCGCUCACAUCAUGAAAGCACUUUCUGGAUGCUUUCAAGACUCACUGGAGCUUAAGGUCAAAAUGCACUUUGGAAACAGAGGUGAAGUGUCAAAGGUGAGAGGGAGAUAAUAACCCUUCAACUAUAGCACCAUCUCUUCUUGCUGCUUGGUACCUACAGGACCCCAGUUCCCACGCCUCUUUUCCGAUUCUCCCUCCCCCUCAAAAACAAAAAAAAAAUGAGGUAAAGUUUUAUUUUUAUGAAAGGGAAAUGUGUGCUUAUUCUGUCUUGUUUUGUUUCAAUUGGCUUGUUAGAAGCUAAUCAACAUAAUCUCAUCUACACAUUUGCCCAAAAGAUUCUAUUUCUGAGAUGAAUCUCAGAAAGACUAGAAAGACUAUUUUAAAGGGCCCAGAGCCUGAAAUUUUAAAAUUUAUGAUCCACAAAGUCAAGUGUUCUCAUAUUCUCUAACAAUUAAAAUGGUCUGCACAUUAUUAUUAUUUUUUAAUAAGUGUUAGAUUCUUUUUAAGCAAAUAAUGGAACUGUUAAAGGAGAAUGUGCUCUUAAAAAUAAUGGCCCUGAUCUAACAUUUUAAAAGAUAUUGACACAUGACUAUCUGUGCCAGAAUGCAGACAGAAUACACAACUGAAUACACAUUCUGUUGGAAAUGACGCAGUAUGGAUGCUGGCAUCCUUAGGCAGAUGUAAUGUUAAAUGUGUAUGUGAUUUUUUCUUGUGGCUCCCAAUUUAGCAAACCACUUGUGCAGAAGCCUACUUCUGUACGUAGCUCUCCUUAGCUGAGGGAGAUAAUACAUAGACAGCCAUUCAGUGACCUAUGAGAAGGGUGAGGAAUGUGCUGUUGUAAUGGAGAAAAUAAGGAAAUAUGACAAUAUGCUCAUUUAAUACUAGAAUUAAAUAGCUUUGUGCAUGGAACUAUAUGAGCAGGACCUUUCAUAACCACAGGGACAUGCUCAUACGCUGAACUACACUGGGCUUACUAAUGAGCAAAUGUUUGCAGCUGAAUUUUAACUAUCAUGUUUGCCUACAGCGUAUUCCUAAAACAGUGGAUGAGAGUUAAGUGGGAAAUGACUCUAAAAUUCUGCUAGCAUGAACCAGUGAGGGUAGGAGAAGUUUACCUAUGUCAACUCUGUAUUUGCAGAAGUAAUAUGUUUUAAACUAGAGCUGGCCAGAGGAAGGAAGGGGCUUUUGAUCUGCCUCUAAUUUACCCCCACUCCACAGUGUCCUACUUUGGGGUUUAUUCCAGUAGUCUGUACCAGUGAGGCUUUCCAGUGAGCCAUCAUUGGCUGAGGGGUUGAUCCAUGCCAACUCCCAUCACUCCAGCCAGCUAAAAUAACCCCAAAAAAUCAGGAGUGCUCUCUCAGUCAUCUGAUUUAACAUAUUUUUCAGCAAUAGAGUUUUCCUUACAGCUUUGUGUGCACAGUGAUUUUAACUUCUGAUUAACUAGCACCAUAAUCAUUCUCUCUGAUACAAACAUCUAUCCAUAACAUAUGGUCUGCUCCAAAAUAUGUUCCACUGCAUUCAGUAGGAAUUGCUCCCAAGUAAAUAGGUACAGGUUUUCAGCCCAACAUUUCCAUUCUAAACAACAUGGUCUAUUAGUAGAGGCUGCUCAAACUAUAGCACACAUAUUCUGUAGAACACUCCCCAUAAGAAUUUAACAUGCUUCAAGUUAUCCUCUGCAGAUAGGGAUUAGGUCUCCAUGAACACCGGACACCAUUAAUAUAAUAGAUCAGUAUCUGCAAGUUUGUGACUGACAUGAAGUUGAGUGAAAUAUAAACAAGAGAGGAAGAAACCACUUAAAGUUCUUUUAAAGACACCAUACAGUCAAGUUUGUUUAUGCCAAAUAAAGAUUUGUCUGUUUCUGUCACUGCAAACUGUCCUCAGUGGACAAUAGUAACAACAAUGAGGUUAAUUACUAAUGGAGUAAUGUGGUUAUCUUUCCUCAUUAUAUACUAUCUGUUGGAUUAUAUGCAGUCCAAAUGCUGUUCCACACACAUGUUGCAUAACUUUUUUAAAAAAAGAAACGAACAGUGGCAGCUUGAAGGCUAGCAAGUGUUACUUGGCAUAGGCUUAUUUGGGCUAUAGCCUAAAAAGUCAAUGCAUCUGUUAGUCUCUAAGAUGCUGCAAGACUCCUUGUUGUUAAAGAAUGUAUACUUAACAGUAUUGUAGAAUUCUGGCAGUUCUCAUGUUUCUGUAGCUAUGUGUGGCAUCAUAGAACCAUACUCUCUCUUUUAUUUCCCCCCUGGAAACUAGGAAGUGAAGCACUGUGUAAUUUCAAACAAUUGUUUUCAAAGCUACAUAGUUCUGACAUCAGCGAUAUUAUUUGUUUCACAUAUACGAAACAGAAGGAAUGUGCUAGAUAUUUGUUGAUCUCUAGUGGGUGAGAUUUAUGCAUCAGCAAACAAUACAACAACAGGAGCUAGGAACAUUCUGCAUCAUCUCAAGGCUUUUGGACAGUAUACUCAUUGCAAACCCACCUUUUCUCGUCUUUUUCUGUAACGUGAGAUGGUGAUUAGGUUUAUUGGACCACAAAAAGCACACUGCAGGGAAUGGAACAGGGAUCAAUGGACAGUCUGCUGCAUAGCAGUUUGAACUACAUUAUCUCCUUCACGUACUAAGGUUUGGGAAGCAGUGCUCAUACUAGCCCUACCUACUGGGGUACUCUUUGCUUCUCCUACCCACUUCUAGUUCAGAGUCUGAAUCCUUUUUUAAUACUCCAUUGACCACAGAAGUGUCUGUAUUCUCAUCAUACAUAUCAGUGGGUGGUUCUUACAUUGAAAGGGGAGAGAAGAGCCCCCAGCUGUGCCCUGUAAAACUUCAUCUACUUUUAGCUGCUUCCAUUCUUUUUAUAAGACACACACAUUCAGAAUUAGGCAAUACUGUACUCUAUUAUGGGCUUUAUGUGGCACAGUAGGACACAGUUCAUACCACUGUACUCCAGAAAGAAAAGUGACAUAUGUAGUAACCAGAAAGGGCAACUUCCCCCUUUUGCUCUGUGGCCUCCCUUCUGCAGUGGGAUAUGAAACUCUCUGAAGUCUGCACCUGUCUUAGGUAUCUCAGUGUACCAUCAUGCAACGUCCUCUUUCAGCAGCUCUCAAGCUUGAUAAGAUCCAGUUUUACCCAACCUAUGCUUGCUGAGGAUUGUGAAAGUUGUGAAAGUCCCACACAUCCAGGAAGCAGCGGGUUGAGAAGGUUGGUGUAAUACAAUAAACAUUCAAGAGCAAAAGGACCAUUUGCUUGCUGCUUUCUGCAUCUUGCUAUUUUCUGAAUGAUGAUCUCUGUGCCAUGAUAUGAACAAGCAUGUAGAAAUAAAAGGGUAAUGUGACUGGACUGACCAUGACAGCACCAUAAGAGUCAUGUCACCAGUGUCUGUAUAUUUACAUGUUUCUGGUGUAAUUUCUUUGUAAUAAUGCUGCGAUGUUUCUGUUUUGAAAAAAGCAAGUACUAUGUAUCAUUCCACCUCUCAAGAUGCUUCCAUUCAGGGCUUUUAUCUUGCCUCGUGGAUGAAGCAUGGUCCAUAUGACAGUAUCUUAAAGUUGUAACCCUCCUAUAUUUCCCAGAGUCCAUUAAAGAAGAGAGAGAAUAGCUGUGCAAUAUACUUUGACUGUUACGGUGCUUUUAGAAAGGGCUUCUAGCACUAGCCCACUUCUUCUGGGCACCGAUUACUGUAAGAGUAACUGGAUUUCCCAAAUGAACCAAAAAGGUGAUUAUUUUGCAUCUGUAGUUUCAACCAGGAACGUAUCCUUAUUUUGAUUUCACAAGUACUGUAUAUACAAACCAGGUACGUGUUGGUAACCACAGACUUGUAGGUUUUGUUCACAGGCAGCUCUUGUGUUACUAGAAAUAAAUUAUGUUAAAGUAAAAGCUUGUCUAACUUAACAAAAAUAAAUGGAUGAGAUCUUA